CGGUGCAAUGGACGACCCAGACACGCCAACAACGGACGGUCCCCUUCGUGUGCACUCAUGCGGGGGUGAACCAACCGGUCUCCGGAGAGGGGUUGACCUAACCCGGAAGUAAAGCAUUGACCAUUAUCUUCUGUGCCGAUCUUUGGACUGGGGUCAGAAGGGAAAACUGCAGGUCAGAAAACUGAGGCCUGAGGCCAGAACUGACAGCAUGGAUCCAUUAACAGAAGUCAGCUCUGAGGCAUUUCUGAACAGAAAAGUCCUCCACCAUCCACACAACCAUGCAGACACCGACGGUACCAAAACUUCACACUUCUCUGUCGUGUCCUACAACAUCCUCGCCGACUGCCACGUCUCCCCACAAUCCUAUCCGUACUGUCCCAAAGAAUGUCUCCCAAUGUCCGCACGCGAGAAACAACUAGACACAGAGUUACGCUACCUUAACGGUGACAUCGUGUGUCUACAAGAAGUCGGAACAACCUACUUCCAAGAAAACCUCUUGCCCUUGAUGCAGAAGCAAGGCUACGAUGGCUACAGGUUUAAAGAAAAAGUUCUCGGGACUCCAGAAGGAAUUGCGAUGUUCUUUCGGACUUCUAGGUUUAGUGUAGUUGAUUUCACUGCGUUUGACUUCAAUUCCAAGUUCAAAGAACUUAUCAAGAGGUACGUGGGAGAGUCCGAGAGAGAUUAUGUCUACAAGUACUUGGAGAAGACCAGUGUGAUGAUGAUGUGCAGGCUGAGGUGUAAGGUGACAGGUCGUGUGGUGACUGUGGGGACGUUCCACGUGAUCUGGUGGUUGGGACUGAUCCCCAGCGCCCCCCAGCAUGUGGAGGUGGAUGUGCAGUCUCUGCAGAUCUCAGUAGCCAUGGCUGAGCUGGUGCAGUUUGCAGGCGGUACAGACCAGCCCCACAUCCUGUGUGGAGACUUUAACUCCUCCCCCUUCAGCCCGGCGUACGGCAUCCUCACCAGGGGUCACCUGGCCGGGGGAGGGUACGAGAUGUUCCACGCUCUACGACCAUUCAAGGUGUCUGACAACGAGAGUAAGUGUCUGAUCGACCUGUUGCCAUCCAGCCUGUACUCACAUCCAUCCAAGUCUCUCAAAAGUGCCUAUGCUGAAGUCAAGGGAAAAGAGCCGGACUUCACAAACUACAUGGAUUCAUUUGUGGAGUGUCUGGACUAUAUCUGGUACAGCUCAGACAGCGUGCGAGUGACAGCAGUGCUGGACAUGGUACCUGAGUCAGCCAUCACACCUCUCACAGCAUGUCCCAACAAGGUCUUCCCUUCUGACCACCUCUCCCUCAAGGCUGUGUUUCAACUCACAGACCUGUAACAUGUAACAUCCGUGUCCAUAAUAUC